AGCCGGGCGCAGGCGCUCCCAUUCAAAGCGGGACUGUGCGGUCACUGCGGAGACGCGCCCACCGGCCCCGGCGCUGAGCCUGUCAGCCAGGGGUCCGCAGCCACCGCUCCGAGUCUCGGCCAGGACCAUGGCGCGGCUGGAGGAGCGCUGGCCUCCAGGGAUCCUGGCUCAUCUGAUCGGUGGCACCUGGUGCCUCCUCUGUGUCGCUGGACAGGUAUGUGGAGACCAAAGCCAAGGGGCUGUUUUCCUGCGGGAAUUCACACUGAUCCGAAGAGAGAGCCUUCAUGAGGAUUUCCUGUCUGACUUUUUGCACAGUCACAGGACUGAAGACCCGAGUUCCAGAACUGCACGCUCAGAGGAGGACCGUGAAGGCCUCUGGGAUGCCUGGGGCCCUUGGAGUGAAUGUUCUCGCACCUGUGGUGGGGGUGCCUCCUACUCCCUGAGACGUUGCCUGAGCAGCAAGAGCUGUGAAGGAAGAAAUAUUCGAUACAGAACAUGCAGUAAUGUGGACUGUCCACCAGAAGCAGGUGAUUUUCGAGCUCAGCAGUGUUCUGCUCAUAACGAUGUCAAGUACCACGGCCAGUUUUAUGAAUGGCUUCCUGUGUCUAAUGACCCUGACAACCCAUGCUCACUCAAGUGUCAAGCCAAAGGAACCAGUCUGAUCGUUGAACUAGCACCGAAGGUCUUAGAUGGUACACGAUGCUAUACGGAGUCACUGGACAUGUGCAUCAGCGGCUUGUGCCAAAUUGUUGGCUGUGAUCACCAGCUGGGAAGCACCGCCAAGGAGGAUAACUGUGGGGUCUGCAGCGGAGAUGGGUCCACCUGCCGGCUGGUCCGAGGGCAGUAUAAAUCCCAGCUCUCGGCAACUAAAUCGGAUGACACCGUGGUUGCCAUUCCUUAUGGAAGCAGACACAUCCGCCUCGUCUUAAAGGGGCCAGAUCAUUUGUACCUGGAAACCAAGACGCUCCAGGGGACUAAAGGUGAGAACAGGCUGAGCUCUACAGGAACUUUCCUCAUGGACAAUUCUACAGUGGACUUCCAGAAACUUCCAGACAAAGAGAUACUAAGGAUGGCUGGGCCCCUGACAGCAGAUUUCAUCAUCAAGAUCCAUGACUCGGGGCCUGCAGACAGCACGGUCCAGUUCAUCUUCUACCAGCCUAUCAUCCACCGAUGGAGGGAAACGGACUUCUUUCCAUGCUCAGCAACCUGUGGAGGAGGUUACCAGCUGACGUCAGCUGAGUGCUAUGAUCUCCGGAGUAGCCGUGUGGUCGCUGACCAGUACUGCCACUACUACCCAGAGAACGUCAAGCCGAAACCCAAGCUUCAGGAAUGUAACCUGGACCCUUGUCCAGCAAGUGACGGAUACAAGCAGAUCAUGCCUUAUGACCUCUACCAUCCCCUUCCUCGGUGGGAGGCCACCCCGUGGACCGCGUGCUCCUCCUCGUGUGGGGGGGGCAUCCAGAGCCGGGCAGUUUCCUGUGUGGAGGAGGACAUCCAGGGGCAUGUCACUUCAGUGGAAGAGUGGAAAUGCAUGUACACCCCUAAGAUGCCCAUCGUGCAGCCCUGCAACAUUUUUGACUGCCCUAAAUGGCUGGCACAGGAGUGGUCUCCGUGCACGGUGACGUGUGGCCAGGGCCUCCGGUACCGUGUGGUUCUCUGCAUUGACCACCGAGGAAUGCACACCGGGGGCUGCAGUGCGAAAACAAAGCCCCACAUAAAAGAAGAAUGCAUCAUACCCACGCCCUGCUACAAGCCCAGAGAGAAACUUCCAGUAGAGGCCAAGCUGCCAUGGUUCAAGCAAGCCCAGGAGCUAGACGAAGGAGCUGCUGUGUCUGAAGAGCCCUCGUUCAUUCCAGAAGCUUGGUCGGCCUGUACUGUCACCUGUGGUGUGGGAACCCAGGUGCGAAUAGUCAGAUGCCAGGUGCUCCUGUCUUUCUCUCAGUCCGUGGCUGACCUGCCUGUGGAUGAGUGUGAAGGGCCCAAGCCCGCGUCGCAGCGUGCCUGUUACGCGGGACCAUGCAACGGGGAAAUUCCGGAGUUUAACCCAGAUAAUGCAGACGGACUCUUGGAAGACUUGCAGGACCUGGGCGAGCUGUAUGACUGGGAAUAUGAGGGCUUCACCAAGUGCUCCGAGUCAUGUGGCGGAGGUGUCCAGGAGGCUGUGGUGAGCUGCCUGAACAAACAGACCCGGGAGCUUGCUGAUGAGAAGCUGUGCGUGACCAGUCAACGGCCCCCACAGCUCCUGAAAUCCUGCAAUUUGGACCCCUGCCCGGCAAGGUGGGAAAUUGGCAAGUGGAGCCCGUGUAGUCUCACCUGUGGGGUUGGCCUGCAGACCAGGGAUGUCGUCUGCUCCCACCUACUUUCGAGAGAGAUGAACGAGGUGGUUGUCCUUGCUGAUGAGCUGUGUCACCACCCGAAACCAAACACAGUACAGGCCUGCAACCGCUUCAACUGCCCCCCAGCCUGGUACCCUGAGCAGUGGCAACUGUGUUCCAGAACCUGUGGAGGAGGAGUUCAGAAACGGGAUGUUCUCUGCAAACAGCGGAUGGCCGAUGGUAGCUUCCUGGAGCUUCCAGAGACCUUUUGUUCGGCCUCCAAACCAACCUCCCAGCAAGCCUGCAAGAAAGAUGACUGCCCCAGUGAGUGGCUUCUCUCUGACUGGUCAGAGUGCUCUGUGAGCUGUGGGGAGGGCACCCAGACUCGGAGCGCCAUUUGCCGGAGGGUGCUGAAAACCGGGGUCUCCACUGUUGUCAAUUCCACCCUGUGCCCUCCCCUGCCCUUCUCUUCCUCCAUCAGACCCUGCAUGCUGGCAACCUGUGCAAGGCCUGGAAGGCCUUCCACGAAGCACAGCCCUCACAUUGCCGCUGCCCGAAAUAUAUACAUCCAGACCCGCAGGCAGAGGAAACUGCACUUUGUGGUGGGAGGAUUCGCUUACCUGCUUCCCAAGACUACCGUGGUGCUCCGGUGUCCCACACGCAGGUUCCGCAAGCCCCUCAUCACCUGGGAGAAGGACGGCCAGCACAGCAUCAGCUCCGCUCACGUCACUGUGGCCCCUUUUGGCUACCUGAAGAUCCAUCGCCUCAAGCCUUCAGACGCAGGCAUCUACACUUGUUCUGCAGGGCCUGCCCGGGAGCAAUUUGUAAUUAAGCUCAUUGGAGGAAACAGCAAACUCGUGGCUAAACCCUUGAGCCUUUGGAGUGAGGAGGAGGAGGCCCUGCAGGUGAGGAAGCUCAAUCCAAAGGAGGCCUUGCAAACCCACAAACACCAAAAUGGCAUCUUCCCCAAUGGCAGCAAGGCUGAGAAGCGCGGCCUCUCGGCAGACCCUGGGAACCGCUAUGACGACAUUGUGUCUAGGCUGCUGGAGCAGGGUGGCUGGCCGGGAGAGCUCCUGGGCUCCUGGGAGGUGCAGGACUCCGCAGAAAGGAACGCAUCCUCUGAGGAGGAUCCCAAUACUGAACAAGCCCUCUUGCAUCUCCCCUUCACCAUGGUGGCUGAGCAGAAGCGCCUAGAUGACAUCCUCAGAAACCUGUCCCAGCAGCCCGAGGAGCUGCGAGACCUCUACAGCAAGCACCUGGUAGCCCAGCUGGCCCAGGACAUCUUCCGCAGCCACCUGGAGAAUCAAGACAUGCUUCACAAGCCCUCAGAGCAGAGGUUUCCUCCCGUGGCCGUCCCACCUCAUAAACACGUCUCUAGCUUCAGCAGCUCCCUACGGAGCUCGUCUGCGGAGGCCGGGGGCAGCUCCCGCAGGCCUCACCGCAAGCCCACCAUCUUGAGAAAGAUCUCAGCGGCGCAGCAGCUCUCAGCCUCCGAGGUGGUCACCCACCUGGGGCAGACUGUGGCUCUAGCCAGCGGGACCCUGAGUGUGCUUCUGCACUGUGAGGCCGUAGGCAACCCAAGGCCUACCAUCCACUGGACCAGGAACGGAGAAGCGGUUCAGUUCAGUGACAGGAUUCUUCUACAGCCAGAUGAUUCCUUACAGAUCUUGGCACCAGUGGAAGCUGAUGUGGGCUUCUAUACUUGCAAUGCCACAAAUGCCUUGGGAUAUGACUCUGUCUCCAUUGCUGUCACAUUAGCAGGAAAGCCACUCAUGAAAACAUCCCGAAUGACCGUGCUCAACACAGAGAAGCCUGCAGUCACGGUGGAUGUCGGAGGCACCAUCCGGACAGUGCGAGGCGUGAAUGUGACCAUUAACUGCCAAGUGGCAGGUGUGCCUGAAGCUGAAGUCACUUGGUUCAGAAAUAAAAGCAAAUUGGGCUCCUCCCACCAUCUGCAUGAGGGCUCCUUGCUGCUCACAAAUGUGGCCUUCUCUGACCAGGGCCUAUAUUCCUGCAGGGCAGCCAAUCUUCACGGAGAACAGACGGAGGGGACGCAACUCCUGAUUCUAGAUCCCCCACAAGUCCCCACACAGUUGGAAGACAUCAGGGCCUUGCUCUUAGCCACUGGACCGAACCUUCCUUCAGUGCUGAUGUCUCCUGUGGGAACACAGCUGGUCCUGGAUCCUGGGAAUUCGGCUCUCCUUGGCUGCCCCAUCAAAGGUCACCCCACCCCCAACAUCACCUGGUUCCGAAAUGGCCAGCCAAUUGCCACUGCCCCGGGGCUGAGCCACCACAUCUGGGGAGCUGGACAAAUCCUCCAGGUGGCAAAUCUCAGUGGAGGGCCUCAAGAGGAGUUCAGCUGCCUGGCUCAGAAUGAAGCAGGAACGCUCACACAGAAAGCGUCUCUGGUGAUCCAAGAUUACUGGUGGUCUGUGGACAGACUGGCAACCUGCUCAGCAUCCUGUGGUAACAGAGGGGUGCAUCAGCCCCGCCUCAGGUGCUUGCUGAACACCACGGAGGUUGACCCUGAGCACUGUGCUGGAAAGCCUCGGCCCGCCGCACAGCCUAUUGCCUGCAACCGGAGAGACUGCCCUUCUCGGUGGAUGGUGACUUCCUGGUCUGCCUGUACCCGGAGCUGUGGUGGAGGUGUCCAGACACGCCGGGUGACCUGUCAGAAGUUGAAGGCAUCUGGGAUUUCUACCCCAGUAUCUAAUGACAUGUGCAGUCAGCUGGCCAAAAGGCCUGUGGACACCCAAGCCUGUAACCAGCAACUGUGUGUGGAAUGGGCUUUCUCGAGCUGGGGCCAGUGCAAUGGGCCUUGCAUAGGCCCUCGCCUCGCUGUGCAACACAGACAAGUCUUUUGCCAGACCCGGGAUGGCAUCACCUUACCAUCAGAGCAGUGCAGCGCGCUCCCCAGGCCUGUGAGCACCCAAAACUGCUGGUCAGAGGCCUGCGGUGUACACUGGAGGGUCAGCCUAUGGACCCUGUGCACAGCGACCUGUGGCAACUAUGGCUUCCAGUCCCGACGAGUGGAGUGUGUUCAUGUCCGCACCAACAAGGCUGUGCCUGAGCACCUGUGCUCCUGGGGGCCCCGGCCUGCCAACUGGCAACGCUGCAACAUCACUCCCUGUGAAAACACUGAGUGCAGAGACACCACCAGGUACUGCGAGAAGGUGAGACAGUUGAAACUCUGCCAGCUCGGCCAGUUCCGGUCUCGCUGCUGUGGAACGUGCGGCAAAGCCUGAAGACAGGGCUCGGGGAUGAAUAUUACCCUGGCCACACAAAGGACUCAUACAGCCACCUGGGACAUGACUUAUGCUUUCUUCCUUUUAUUUAUUUAUUUGCCCCUCCCCACACACCCAUGUCCACCUGCACCCGUGAUCCUAAGGACCCUGCCAUGUUUUCUUAUUCAGCUAGCUGGAACAAGGGUUGAGAACAGAGAGAGCGAAGUCUGAAGGAGGUUACAGAGCAGACCAGGCAGACAGCAGCUCCCUUGUAGAGCUGGCUCCUUCCCAAUCAGGGUCUCGGAGACACAGGAGGAGAAAGCCAUAGUCCAUAGGGACGGCGGGGAGCUGGGGUUUGUGACACACAGGUACAGGCACAGGCCAACCAGGAGUGUCAUUCCUUCGUUUCCUGGGUGGUAAGAAUAAGGGAAACGCCAGACUGGAGCAGAAACCAGGCCGGAAUCCAGUUCUUCUGAAGGGGAGGGGGAAUGGAGAAAGGAAACUCAACCAUGGACAGAUGUUGCAAAGGGGACAUGCAGAAUAGACAGAAGGCAUUCAGUUAUGCAUGAGAUGGAGGCAGGGAAGAGGUGGGAGAAGAGAGCUUGUGUGUGCUCCUUGGUGGGAGGAGCUAGCAGGCAGGACAGAUUUUAAAACAGCCACAUGAAACCCAUCUGACAGACCCAUGCAUUGGUACAUGUGCUGUCCUGUAGAUUCAGCAGAGGUGAGAAGGGUGUCCGGCGUCUUCUCAGGGUACCCACGCUGCAUGAAAGAAAGUGUGCCCUUCAUGUGGUUCUGGAGGCGCCUCUCCUCCCUGUCUAUCAAGUAACCUUUGUGUCUGCAGCUGGGGAAAACAAAACAAGAGAGUCCAGCUCUGGCUGUGUAAUACAGCUGUCCCUGGCAUCUCAGUAUCUUAAAUCAAGGCUCGCUAGCCCUGAACUAACAGCUGCUGUGAGCCACGGGCAUCUGAGCCGGAGUACACCAGGUUUUCCACCUGGUUGACUUUGCUGCUCCUUGUUAGGCCGGGGACGAGAAUCAUUACUUACAAAGGAUUCAUUAAGCAAUCUGUUGGCUGGCAAACAUCUACAGGGUGUAGCAACCCUUCCGACCAGAGUAGGCCAGGGAACCGGAUAGAAGAGAGGGGCCGUGCAUGCCCACAGUGUGCUUUGCUUAUCCCGGCUGUCACACAUUGGGCCUGUGGGCCCUUCCCAAACCACAGAAGAGCUGCCGUGCAUCCUAUUUACACAGCAGGGUGGGGUAGGGUGGGAGGAGUAGGGUGCUAUGGCCAAGCAAGAGGAUGGCCAGAGACUCACGGGACAAUCCUCAAAAGCCUUUCAACCAUCCGCCCAACACAAAUACCAUCCACCUAUGUAAUUAGCACACCAGACUGGGUGAAUGGACCACUCAGCAGGCCAAACAGCACACACGAUUCAGCAACACGCAUCAACUGUGGAUAAGGCUAGUCCAAAAGCCCUUUGCAAAGCCCCACUCGGCAGAGAAGCUUCAACGCUAAUACUUGCUUCCUCCCCCAGAGCAGUCUCAGUGUAGCAGAUCAGCAGCCAGAGCCCGGUACCCACCCUCAGAUAAACCACUCCUCACAUACACACUCGCCAAAGUGAUGUCGCUGCCACCGACAUCCGGGCCGCCAUUGUCCAGCUGUCCCAGAAGUUAAGUUUGGAAGAUGGUGGUAAUCUGUGUCCUCACUAGGUGCGCUACGGACAGUUAGGGUGGACCUUGUCCUCAUCCAAGAAAUAGGUUCUAAGAAACUGAGUUACUAAAAAAAUCAGUGUAAUGUUUAUUUAAAAUAAAAGAGAGUGUUUCUAUGUAUAUCUUUUGUGAAUAUUUAUUAGGAUUUCUUGUAUAAAAAAAGUGCAAUAUUGGUAAUUGUACAUUGUCAUCCAGAAAAGCAAAAACUCUUUGGGGGAUUUACUUCCUGCAGCUGUGCUCCUAAAAAAACUCUGUGGUGAUAACUGUAUCCUUCCUAAUUUUAAAAGAAAACUGGUGUUUAACUCUGAUCCAUUAUUCACUGUGUACACAGAGUGCAUUAAAAAGCUAAUGUGGGAUGGGGGCAAUAAAGUCGAUUUGUUUGUGACACUUGUUACACAUGGAGCAGACACAAAUCUGUCAACUAAUACAGUUGAUUAGCUCAACAGCUAUUUAAAACUGGUGGUCAGUGUUUGGAUUCCCGAAAAGGCAGGCAUCUUCCAGCUCCACCACGUGUCAGAAUGUGAGGUUGGAAGUGCCUUCCCCAGCAAGCUGGAGAGCUUAGGUUUGGGAGGGAACACAGUAUGCGCCUUGCAUGAGAUGAAUGUACAUUUAAUAUUUGUUCUGUGAAUUGCGACUCAGCAGUGCCACAAAUUAUCGGGGCUGCUGGAUAAUGUGGAAGGAGGCCCUUCCUCCUCUAAAACACGAAACUGUAUUUAUAUUUUUUUUGUACAGAUAAUACAGCUUAUUUAUUUAAA